AUGGAUUCAGGGAACGAUGCAUCAUCUGUCCACCUCCCGGACGAGAUGCUGAGAUUCGUCCUCGAGCACAUUCCGGGCUCGGAAUGUGCAGCCAGGCUAGGGCGGUUGACCUUGCGUGGCCGAGCCACCACCGCAACACCACAAUAUGUCGUCCCAACUUCGAGAGGAGUAAUACCUCACCUGUCGCAUGACAACGUGCAGAAACACACCAAGAUCUCGGCCGUCUACGUGCCUCUGGAAGACUUUAUCGAGAAAUCGAAUGCGCCCGUCUACAACACGCCCUGUACGGGCAAAGAGUCGCGUCUCCGACGGUAUAUCGGCCUGCCAGAAACAUGCCUGUCGGUCCUAGGCCCAAGGCGAGUGCCCUACAUCCCUUGUCCGGCGCACAACACGAACUCGUCGAUAGCCAUUUCGACCUCCGUGGGCUUUAGAUUCUUGGACGUGGAAAAGUAUCAUGAGGCGAUCAACGUCCUGCGGCCCGAUGUCUCGAUAAGCAUCGCAGACCUGAUCAGCACAGAGAAGGCGAGUGUCAAGAGGCUGGAGAAGAGCGCCGACAGGACACAUGCCUGGCUGCGAGAUUUCGUAGAGGAUGAUGCGGCAAAAGACCACCAAGGACCAUUCUUCGCUUCGAUCCCUCCUGUCGAGCCCGAGCUGAUGUCGCUGUAUCUCUCCGACCUGAGCGAUGAGUACAGAUCCCAAAUCUCAGGCCUGUGCGUCUGCGCGCCGUCGACCGUGUUGGGCCUGCCAGACGCCCUGCGCGACAUCCCGACAUUAUGCCUUGCCAAUCCACAAACGCCGCAAGCCGUUCUUGCGGCCAUCCACGCGGGAGUCGAUAUGCUCACAGUGCCAUUCGUGACACAGUAUUCCGAACACGGCAUCGCCUUCUCGUUUGCGUUUCCUGGCGUGCCGGAACGACCCAACACCGACACACCCACGUACACGCACAUGCCUCUGGGCAUCGAUCUGUGGUCCACAAGCCAUGCCACGGAUCUUUCGCCACUAAGCCAUAAUUGUACCUGCUACACCUGCACGCGGCACCACCGCGCCUACGUCCAUCACCUCCUCCAAGCCAACGAGAUGCUCGCGUGGACUCUCCUCCAAAUCCACAACUUUAGUGUGAUUGACACGUUCUUCGCCUCCAUCCGGGCGACCAUCGAGCGCGGAACGUUCUCGGCAGAUGUCGAUACAUUCAGCCGGUCGUAUGAGUCCGAGAUGCCCGCGCCAACGGGCCAGGGACCCAGAGUCAGGGGCUACCAAAUGAAGAGCAUAGGUGGUGGCGAGCCGAAGAAGAAUCCCAAAGCCUACGGCCGAUUGGACGAUCAGAUGGAGAAGCUUCGCGAGAGCGAGAGUGGUGUUGCGACGCCGGAGGGCAAGGCCGAAGAUAUUAUAGAACACGGCUUGGCCGAGAAGGUUGAAAGGUUGUAA